AUGGCUGCAGAGGAGGCUCCUGAUGCUGCAGAUGCUGCAGCAGGGCACCUUCGUGUCCGCAGACAGCGGGGACAAGUUUGGCCGGAGUCGGGAUUGCUAGCUAAAGCUUUCGAAGAGGACAACGAAAUACGAUCUAUUUUCCGUCACAACAAAGGGCACUUGCUUCAGUGGCCGAAGCCAUCAUUGGUUGGCUGUGCUAGUUUGAAGGCACUGUCCCUCAACGUUGCCGUGUUGAAAAUAUCCUUGGAAGUCUGGGGUGCAGCGAUUCCUGCACCAAAGAGCAUGGCCAUUGACUGGCUUAAGAAGGAAGUUUCUGAGGCACACGGACUGAUGAAUGCUCUGGGCACGGCGCAAACCGUGCCCGUCUACGUCGACAGCUGGGGAAUCAAACGGUUGGCUACCCUGGCGAUGAGGCGCUGGAAAGCACCCAUCGGAGCCCUGCGAGACCGGUCCCUUCAUGUUCUGUUCGAUGUAAUGACAGCAGCUUGGGGCCAGGAUGCUGAAGCGGCCGAGGUCGAUGAUGAUAGCCCAGUGGCUGCUGCAGAUGAUAUCCAGCUGAUCCAGCUGGUGAAGCGGCUGCUGAGGUUCUGGAAGCCUCGGCUCAUGAUGACCGAUUGGAUGAUGAGAUCCGAGCUACGGAACAGCAGCUGGAGAUCUUACAGAGACUUAUCGUUCUAUUAUACAUGUCUACUUCGCUGGACUCGUGGAUUGUUUCUAUCUCUCACUAUAGCUUAG